CACACUCACACACUGUCGCGGCUGGACAUGCACACCCAGCGCCCGCUGCCAGCGCCUACACUCGCAGGUGGCGACACUCACCUGAGCUGCUACAGAGGGGUCCAGCCACCUUGGGAGCGGAGGAGCGACGGCCUGGGCCCGGAAAGGGCCCCGAGUCGGGGGAGCAGGAGCACCCCCAGCGCAGACCUGCGACCCGAGGUGAUGGCGCGUUUUCUCUAACACCCCCCCCCCUUCCAGUACCUUGGGUCCCCGCACCCUGCACCCACCGCCCCGGGAGAAGCCGGGGGAGAGGGACUCCGGGUCACGGCACACACACGCAGGCGGGCGCACGCUUCGCGGCGCGCUCACCUAGAGGGGCGCGGCUGAGCCCGGGCCGGAAACUUGCAAGAAGUUAGUUGCUAGUGUUUGGCUACGACGACCGGAGGCAGGAGGAGAAGCAGCCCGGGCCCGGCCCGCCGCGCUGCACGGCGCUGCUCUCCACGCCUGGAGUGCUCCUGGAGCCCGAGUCGGCGGGCGAGCCUGGAAGGGCUGAGAGCCAGCGGAGCAAGCAUGGCCCGGGGGACAGCCGGGUGCAGCGAUUCGGAAAGUCCAGACGGUUUCCUCUGAGACCCGGCGACUCAGGCUUGCUCAAAACCUCAUCUCACCUCUUUCCUCACCUCUCCUGAGCGAAGCCGGGGAGAGAGACUCUCCAGAAUCAGGUGCCAGGAGACAGUGGCCACCCUCAGCAAAGCUAUCGGAUCAGGGGUUCCAUCAGCGCGCCCUGACUCCAGUCGAGAGGACCGGCCGGUGGUGUGGUGGUGCGUUUGUGUUUCUAUCCGUCGCGGUGCUCUGUAUGCCCAGACCCUCCCCCUCCUCUUCCUCUUCGCGGGCCACCCCUCCCCCACUCCCAUCUGCUUCUGUCAAAUGAGAAAGUCACCGCGGAAAACCCAAACACUCCAGCGGCCGAGAGCCCCCUUUAGCACUUGGCAGCACGCGGCGGCAGGCUCCUCGGCUCAACUUGGUGGAUCCUCCGUCACUCAACUUUCGGGGCUGCUUGGCAUUUAAGGCAUUGGAGACAUUGGGGAGGGAAAAGCCGUUCCAGGCAGUGGCCACCUGCAGGGAGUUGGCGAGCAAAGGCAACCGGACAGAAGGACAAAAAGGAAGCAGAGAGCAAAGUGCCACCGCGGAGUGGGGACACUGUCGAAAAGUUCCAGGGUCCCGGAGAGAAUUUUUCCUAGAGUUCAGCCAGAGAGACCCCAGCGUCCCGGGACGCAGCGCCCCGGCCCUGGGCAGGUCCCCUAGCUCCCCUCUUCCCGAGCGGGAACAAGACCCGGACGCAAGGUCGCCGGCUGAGCCGGUGCCCGCUGGCAGUCAACAUUGAUUUCCUCCGGGCAGAAGCCGAGGGCCCGGGUGGCGGCGGCGGCGGGCUGCAGCCGCGGCACGGCGACAGCAUGUCCAAGCCGGUUGACCACGUCAAGCGACCCAUGAACGCCUUCAUGGUGUGGUCGCGGGCUCAGCGGCGUAAGAUGGCCCAGGAGAACCCUAAGAUGCACAACUCGGAGAUCAGCAAGCGCCUGGGCGCCGAGUGGAAGCUGCUCACCGAGUCGGAGAAGAGGCCGUUCAUCGACGAGGCGAAGCGCCUGCGAGCCAUGCACAUGAAAGAGCAUCCCGACUACAAGUACCGGCCGCGGCGCAAGCCCAAGACAUUGCUAAAGAAGGACAAGUUCGCCUUCCCGGUGCCUUACGGCUUGGGCGGCGUGGCGGACGCCGAACACCCGGCGCUCAAGGCGGGAGCCGGGCUGCACGCAGGCGCGGGCGGAGGCCUGGUC